AUGAUGCCUGCAAAGACUCUAGGAUUCGAAAUAGGAGUUGAACAGGCCAUAGGCUUACUAGAUACAGGAUCCAGUCCUCUGGAUACCACAAUGACCAAUCUACCAGGCGGCAGAUCUCAUGUUCUCCACACUCUAAGUGUUGCUAUAAGUGCUAGUAUUCAAGGGCCUUACAAAAUUUCGGAUACCCGCAUUCGGAGAAGCGUGGCCUGGUAUGAGGUGGAAGAUAAUGGAAAGGCUAGACUCCUUGACUCCAAGCAGUUGACUUCACGUCGGCGACCUCUUCGUGGUCUCACUCUGGAUGACUCCGGCCACGUCGCCUUCGCAAUCUCUGACGAAAAGGUGUAUCGAGUGGCUUUGUAUAACUGCUCGUCAACUGAGAGUUGUGGUGCUUGUUUGGCACAGCGUGAUCCAUUUUGUGGUUGGUGCAUCACUGAGGGCAUCUGCACUCACAAAACUGCAUGCAGCUCCUCUCAUUGGCUUUCUUAUCGUGACUCUCCAUCCAGUUGCCCACAGCUCACUUCAAUCAGCCCACCGAGUGCAGACAUCAACCAGCCGGCUGGCAGCCUACCCCGAACUGCUAUGACCUUUCGUCUAAUUCCACCUCUCUUGGAAGCCCUCUCGAAUACCAUCGUUUGGGGUUUACAAGCAAGUUCAAGUCAAUCAAGACAUGUUAUUUGCACUUUCCGGCGUGGAAAUUCUUCCAACGAUGUAGAACAUCCUUGGCGUAUUCGAGAAAAACUAUAUGCACAAUCUGAAGCUAGUCUAUUUCCCAGUUCUACUUAUGCCUCUUGUAGUCUUCCAAGCAAUUCAGACCUUCAAAUUCUUGGAGCAGAGGAGGGUAACUUAUAA